AAAAAAGGAAGUGUUAUAAAUAAUAAAGAGUUGAGGUUGGUUUUUCCACUGACAUUCUCUGAUUUCACUGGGCAGCAUCAUCUUCUCCACCCAAAUGUUCAAGUUGGAAUCUUUGGAGCGAUUUCGAAGUUGGUAUGACUCUAUAUAAGUAUUGUGUUAAAUAAACAGUUCUGGGUGGUGACGAUGAUAACCAUGGAACCUAGAGUGAUAGGGGAUUACAUAAUGGGUCCUCCAAUCGGGUCGGGUUCCUUUGCCGUGGUAUGGCGUUCAAGGCACCGAGUUUCCGGUUUGGAAGUUGCGAUUAAGGAGAUUGAUCAGAGACAACUCAGUCCUAAAGUCCACGAACAUCUUCUCAAAGAGAUUUCGAUCCUUAGCACCAUCAAGCACCCCAACAUAGUUCGACUCUUUGAGACAAUUCAGACCAAUGACAGGAUUUACCUUGUUUUGGAGUAUUGUGCUGGUGGGGACCUUGCUGCUUACAUUCACCGCCAUGGCAAAGUUUCUGAAACUAUUGCACGCCAUCUCAUGAGGCAAUUGGCUGCUGGGUUACAGGUGCUUCAGGAAAAGAACCUCAUUCACAGAGAUUUAAAACCACAGAAUUUACUAUUGGCAACUACUGCAGCCACACCAAUUAUGAAAAUAGGAGAUUUUGGUUUUGCAAGGUCUCUCACACCCCAGAGUUUGGCUGAUACACUAUGUGGUUCACCUUAUUACAUGGCUCCAGAGAUUAUUGAGAAUCAAAAGUACGAUGCCAAGGCUGAUUUAUGGAGUGUUGGAGCAAUUUUGUAUCAACUAGUGAUUGGGAGGCCACCAUUUGAUGGAAAUACUCAAUAUCAGCUUUUUCAAAAUAUUUUGGCAUCCACUGAACUGUACUUUCCGCCCGAGGCAUUACAAGAGCUACAUUCUGAUUGCUUGGAUCUUUGCAGAAACCUCUUACGUCAAAAUCCAGAUGAGAGAUUAACAUUCAAGGCAUUCUUCAACCACAAUUUCCUUCAGAAUUCCAGGUCAACCGUAGGAAAAUUGACUGUUCAUCAAUCAGGUGGCUCUCUGUCCGAGAUGUCUCCAACUAUUGCAAGUGGUAAGAUGGGGAAGGCUGUUGAUGCUGAUUCCCGUUUAAUGCAGUCUGUAGAGAAAGACUAUGUACUUGUCCAUUCCCAUUUUGCAUCAUUGGAGGCUUUUUCUGACUACUUUGAUGCAUCUGUGCAAGAUGAUUCCUUAUACAGUAUUGCUCAAAGUCAUUCAAAGAUUGCUAAACCGGAUAUUGGAGUUCCAAAACAAACAACGGAUCUGACAUCUUCCUCCAGUAGAAGAUUAGAGAAUCUAGAAAGCAAUAAACUUGAGGCAUGUGUGGCAUCAUGUGAAUUUACUGCUUUAAGGGAAGAGCAUGAUAUUUCCUCACUGCAACCUUCAAACAGGUUAAAGUUGUUGCAUGAGUAUGGGAAGAUCCUUAAAGAACUUUCGCAACAAAAGUAUGAUACAGGACUGUAUCUAGAGUCACUUGCAGUUGAGUUGGUGAUUCUGGCGAUAUGGAAGAAGGCUCUAGAAAUCUGUAACUCUUGGAUGGCCUCCCUUACUACUAGUGGGUUUCCUGAAAGCAGUUCAACUAACGAAUCCAUAUCUUCAAGUAAUGUGGAGUUACCACAGACUUCAGAACUGAAAAUAAAUUUUAGUGAUCCUCCCUCUGUCUCCAUGUGGGCAAAACAUGAGUUUGUUCUUGCUGUUGAUCGUGCUGAAAAACUAUCAUGUCGUGUUCAAAAUAUGGAUGGAGCUGCUGAGAUGCCAGAUGCAAUGGAAAUUAUAUUCCAAAACGCUCUUUCAAUCGGGACAAGUGGUGCGGUAGAUGAAUAUAUGGAGAACAGAGAUAGGGCUAGUGCUUCUUACUCAAGAGCGAUGCUGCUACUUUCAUUUUUGGUGAGAGAAGCAGAGAACCUUCCACUGAACCCACCAUUUUCACUCAUUGCCACUAAUAAAGAGAGAAUCUUACAAUACAUUUACACAUUACAGUCUCGUAAGAAAUCUUCGUUGGAGUCCUCUUCAAAUAAGCUACUUUCACUUACAAUAAAGUAGAUGUAACGAGGGUUGUUAUAUAACUAACUAUCAUUGCCAUGUAAAGGGGACUUUCCUUUGCUGCAUGAUUUUAUGUAUAUAAUGAUAAUUCUUUGACAUGGGAAUUUGUAAAUAUUGUAUAGCUCAUAGUUCUAUACAAUUUUGAAAACACUAUCACCAAUGAAUUGAAAUUUCUUGUGGAAAAUUAUAUUUAGAUUUCACUUAGAAAAAUUUCCUUCUUGCAAAUCUGAUGAACGAGUUGUUUUAAAAUUAUUUCAAAAAUAUGAUGAGCAGGUUUUUUUAAAGAAAAUUGUUUUAUUAGUGUAAUAAAUCAUGUCUAGCUUCUUUGUCUUUGUUCCACACCACAAACUUUCUAUAAUUGGUUUCUUAACGUACAAAAUGCAAAAGGAAGAAAUAGUUGGUAGAGGAAAUAGAGCCAGCUUAGUAACCACAAGCAAU